GUUGACCAGAAGGGAGCAGACGGUCAGACCAGACAGGUCGGACCUCUCCUGGAUCCCCCAGUCAUGCGGCUCCUCUGCGGGCUGGUCUGGAUGGUCAGCUUCUUUGCCUCAUCUCUGCAGAAGCCCAGGUUGCUCCUGUUCUCCCCUUCUGUGGUUAAUUUGGGGACGCCCCUGUCAGUGGGGGUGCAGCUCCUGGAUGCCCCUCCAGGACAGGAGAUAAAAGGAUCAGUGUUCCUCAGAAACCCAACAGGUGGUGACUGUUCCCCAAAGAAGGACUUUAAGCUCAGCUCGGGGAAUGACUUGGUGCUUCUCAGCCUUGAGGUUCCACUGGAAAACGUGAGGAGGUGUGGCCUCUUUAACCUGCUCAGAGCCCCCCACAUCCAGCUGGUGGCCCAGUCUCCAUGGCUAAGGAACAUAGCAUCUAAAGCCACAGAGACUCAGGGUGUCAACCUGCUCUUCUCUUCCCGACGAGGCCACAUCUUUGUGCAGACCGAUCAGCCUAUCUAUAACCCUGGGCAGCAGGUUCGUUAUCGGGUCUUUGCACUGGAUCAAAAGAUGCGCCCAUCCACUGACUCCCUCACGGUCACAGUGGAGAACUCCCAUGGCCUCCGUGUACACAAGAAGGUGGCAUCUCUUUCCACAUCCAUCAUCCAAGAUAGCUUCAUCAUUCCAGACAUCUCAGAGCCCGGAACCUGGAAGAUUUCAGCUAGGUUCACAGACGGCCUGGAGUCCAAUAGAAGCACCUACUUUGAAGUGAAGAAAUACGUCCUUCCCAACUUUGAAGUGAAGAUUACUCCUUGGAAGCCAUAUAUCCUGACAGUGCCCACCGACCGUGAUGAUAUCCAAUUAGACAUCCAGGCCAGGUACGUCUACGGGAAGCCUGUGCAGGGCGUGGCAUACACACGCUUUGCACUCAUAGAUGAGCAGGGGAAGAGGACUUUCCUUCGGGGCCUAGAGACCCAGACCAAGUUGGUGGAAGGCCAGACUCACGUUUCCAUCUCAAAGGACCAGUUCCAGGCUGCCCUGGAUAAAGCCAAUAUUGGGAUCAGAGACCUGGAGGGGCUGCGUCUCUAUGCUGCCGCGGCCAUCAUCGAGUCUCCAGGGGGAGAGAUGGAGGAGGCAGAGCUGACAUCUUGGCGCUUUGUGUCAUCUGCCCUCUCCUUGGAUCUCAGCCACACCAAGAAGCAUCUUGUGCCUGGGGCCCCCUUCCUGCUGCAGGCCCUGGUCCGAGAUGUAUCAGGCUCUGAAGCCUCUGCCGUUCCUGUCAAAGUCUCUGCCAUAUUGGUGUCCGGCUCUGACUCGCAAGCCCUCGAUGACUUUCAACAGAACACCAAUGGAGCUGGCCAAGUCAGCAUCUCCAUCAACAUCCCGCAGACUGUCACAGAACUUCGGCUCUUGGUGUCUGCGGGCUCCCUCCACCCGGCUGUGGCCAGGCUCACUGUGCAAGCCCCACCUUCAAGAAGCGGUGGCUUUCUGUCCAUUGAGCCACAAGACUUUCGGUCCCCUCGUGUGGGGGAUACCUUUAUCCUGAACCUUCGAACCGUGGGCAUCCGUGAGCCUACCUUCUCUCAUUACUACUACAUGAUCAUCUCCAGAGGCCAGAUCGUGGCUAUGAGUCGGGAGCCCAGGAGGACCCUGACCUCUGUCUCCGUGUUGGUGGGCCAUCACCUGGCACCCUCUUUCUACUUUGUGGCCUACUUCUAUCACCAAGGACUCCCUGUGGCCAACUCCCUGCUCAUCCACAUCCAGCCCGGGGACUGUGAGGGCCAGCUGAAAUUGAAGGUGGAUGGUCCCAAGGAGUAUCGUAGCGGGGGCAGCAUAAAGCUCCAGGUUCAGACCGACUCCCAAGCCCUAGUGGCACUGGGAGCUGUGGACACGGCUCUGUACGCUGUGGGUGGCCGGUCUCACAAACCCCUCGACAUGAGCAAGGUCUUUGAAGUAAUGAACAGCUACAACCUUGGCUGUGGUCCUGGAGGUGGGGACGAUGCCCUUCAGGUGUUCCAGGCUGCUGGCCUGGCCUUUUCUGAUGGUGAUCGACUAACUCAAACCAAAGAGGGCCUGAGCUGUCCCAAGAAGAAAAGUCGGCAAAAGAGAAGUGUUAACUUCCAGAAGGCUAUCAGCGAGAAGUUGGGCCAGUAUUCUUCUCCAGACACCAAGCGCUGCUGCCAAGAUGGGAUGACAAGGUUGCCCAUGGCGCGCACCUGUGAGCAGCGGGCAGCGCGCGUGCCUCAGCUGGCCUGCCGGGAGCCCUUCCUGUCCUGUUGCAAGUUUGCUGAGGACCUUCGCAGGAACCAGACCAGGAGCCAGGCGGGCCUUGCCCGAGCCCAGGACGUGCUGCAGGAGGAGGACCUGAUAGAUGAAGAUGAUGUUCUCGUACGCAGCUAUUUCCCAGAGAACUGGCUCUGGAAAGUGGAGCCCGUGGACCGCUCCAAAGUGUGAGGGCACGGCAUGCCUGG